GGUUUUUCACAGCGAUAGUGUCAUGUGAGGCUGUUAACCAUUUUGUAGCUGGACACUUUCAUUUAGAGACUUCCAUAAGGGUACAGUGCCGACCUAUACGUCUCCAUGGUAACAGACAACAAACAAACCCAGCGUAGUCUGAUCCUGCAGCCAUUGGCUCAAUUCCAUUCCCUUCAGUAGGACUGGGCUACACCUAGGCCACGUGACUGAUGGAUGUGACGCCAUGGGCAAGAAGAAGAGGCUGUGGCCCUUUAAAACAGCCAAUCGGCAGUUGAAGCCGAUGCACCCGGCCAAAGCCCCGCCCACACGCCGGCCGAUGACCCCGCAAUUUUGCAGAUCCUGUCGAAAUCCAGGAAAGGAGUGAACCUCCCCAGCUUCCAGAGGGUUAAUCAUGGCUGAAAACAUCGAGGAGAAGCUCGGCGAUCUCGACGUCAGGCCAAAAAGCAGUCGAAGUCGCAGCACGGACCGGAAAGACGGAUACGUUUGGAGUGGGAAGAAACUUUCCUGGUCUAAUAAAAGCGGGCACCUGGACGAUGGAGGCGCCGCCGCGCGUGCUGCGGACAAGGCGGAGGGAUCUUCAAGGAGCCAGGAGAGAAAGCACAGCAGCUCCUCCAUAGAACUGGAUCUGGACCGCUCCUGCGGACAUAAGCUCUUGGGCCGGUCUUUGAAGCAGAAGCUGCAGGAUGCCGUGGGUCAGUGCUUCCCCAUAAAGAUCUGCAGCAGCCGCCACCAAUCGGUUUUGUCUUCCAAAAGAAAAAUUCAUAUCAGCGAACUGAUGCUGGACAAGUGCCCCUUCCCCCCCAAAUCAGACCUGGCUUAUAGGUGGCAUUUUAUUAAAAGGCACACUGCCCCCGUAAGCCAGCCGCACACCCAGUACGUGGUUAAAGACGCCCCUAAGGUGGACCCUCUAGCCAUGGCCGAAGGGGAGGAGUACACGUCAUCAGAGGGACACGCCCUGUCUUGUGAAGUAAACAUGGGGGCGGUAGAAUCGGUCACCACCAAAGCCUUGAGGGGCGUCAAGGAGGACAGCGACGUUGACUCGGACGACGAAGUCCUGACGCUCUGUACUAGCUCUCGUAAGCGGAAUAAACCCAAAUGGGAGCCGGAUGAUGAGGUGUUUCUGUCCGCCACCCCUCCGAAAUAUCACACCCAGAUAGAUUAUGUCCAUUGCCUGGUUCCAGACCUGUUCCAGAUCAAUAACAACCCGUGCUACUGGGGAGUGAUGGAUCGGUAUGCGGCGGAGGCCCUAUUAGAUGGGAAGCCGGAAGGGACAUUUUUACUGCGGGACUCCGCACAGGAAGACUACUUGUUUUCUGUAAGUUUCAGGCGUUACAGCCGCUCCCUGCACGCCCGCAUCGAGCAGUGGAAUCACAACUUUAGCUUUGACGCCCAUGACCCGUGUGUGUUCCACGCCCCCGACAUCACGGGGUUGUUGGAGCACUACAAGGACCCCAGCUCCUGUAUGUUCUUCGAGCCCCUUCUCUCCAGCCCUUUGCACCGGACAUUCCCCUUUUCCCUCCAGCACACCUGCAGAACCGUCAUCUGCGGCGCCACAAACUACGACGGCAUCGACGCCCUGCCGGUGCCUUCUUCCAUGAAACUUUACCUAAAGGAAUAUCAUUACAAAUCCAAAGUGCGGGUCCGCCGCAUCGACAUACCGGGACGCCACCAUAAGUGAUAAACCAGACGUAUUAAUAGUGAUUUUUUUUUAAAUGUAUUUCACCGAAGAAAGUUUGUGACCCCCUGCGUUGGCACCUGCACAUUUUCAGUGAUGAGGUUCAUCUAUGUGCAAUUAGCUUCCAAGGGCUCAUUCACACGACCACGCUCGGUCUGGGAAACGUGGCUUGUGUGUCGGCCGCAUCCACCGGACCGACGGCAGCCCUUCUGACCCGACAUGAUGAUUUGAGUACAGUACAAUAGCCCCGUGAUCAGAUAGGAACUCAGUCUGUCGCUAUGAUGCAAUCAGUUCAUGUCAGAGGAGCUGCCACCAGUCCAGAAGAUGCUUCCUACACACGAGGCCAUGUUUCCCGGACCGAGCACGUGUCGUGUCAUGAGUCCUCAGAGAGGUUCAAGCUCAGCUCCAAAACUCCUGCUUAGCCCUAGAGCUAUAUAUAAUUCUGACACUAGAGGGAGCUUACUGCACACAUUUAUGCAUUGAAUUCUAUAAUAAAGCAGUAUGCACUAAGCUCCUGCACUCCCCCUAGUGGCGGCUGCAGGCAAACAACAUUCUAUACUUUGCCUUUGCAGGGGAUUUUUAGCUCUAAGGCGGCACUCCAGCUGCUGUAAAACUACAAUUCCCAGCAUUCAACCAUGUUCAGCUGUUCAUUUAACUCCUGUAGAAGUGGAUGGAGCACUCUGAGAGUUGUAGUUUCAGAACACCUGGAGUGCCGGAGGUUGCCGAU